AUAAUAUUUUCCUUUCACAAGUAUUAUAUUAAAAAAAAAAAAAAAAGGAAUUGAGUGAUAAUAGAGUUUAGAAAAAUGGCAGUGAGAAGAAAAAUGGCGUGCGCCAAAACCAUCCGCCGUCUCCGGCAUCAGCCCCGCCGCAAGGACGAUACUGAUUCCCUUGUCAAGGAUGAUCCGUUGGAAAUCCUAUCUAAUCUAUGGAUCAAAAGUUUUUCUCAACCCCAAAAACCCUUCACUAACCUCACUGGCUUUCUCUCAAAACUCGAUCUCUGGGUCCUCGCUUACCAACGCACAUAUGCUCAUCUCACUGGUUCUUUCCCCCCUCGGAAUGCUAUCCAAGCUCAUGUUCUAUCCGACCUCUUAUCCCUCCGGAAUGCAGUUAUCCAUGGAAAGUUCCUUUGGCAUACAAAAAUCCAUCAAUAUAUUCGUGGCCCUAACGAAAAACCCAUUACUGAGCAGCUUUCCAGGAAUCAGCUCCAAUCUAUACUCUCAUCCAAAACGCUGCCCUUUCAGGAUGUUGUCGUACAACAAGCUUUACUUAUGAUAGUGGAACCCAUUUUUGAGCCUAGGUUUUCAUCAAAGUCUCAUGCUUUUCGCCCUGGAAGGAAUCCCCAUACUGUUAUUAGGACCAUUAGAAGUAAUUUUGCUGGUUAUUUGUGGUUUCUGAAAGGUGAUAUUACUGAGGUUUUUCAUAACGUUGAUGUUGAUGUUGUUAUGGCUAGUCUCGAAAAGGCUAUCAAGGAUAAGAAGGUGUUGAACUUGAUAAAGUCAGGGUUGAAUGCUCGUCGAUGUGGAGAGGAGGGUGAAGAACAAGAAGAAGAUAGCAGGAAGAGAAAGAAGGGGCGUACAAAAAAGAGGAUUUUAAAUGAGAAUGAGCCCAAGCCAGACCCUUAUUGGUUAAGGACAUUCUUUGAGUUUGCUCCACAGGAGGCUUCUAAGAUACCCAGUUAUGGUGGUUGUGGAAUUCUUAGUCCUUUGUUGGCUAAUGUAUGUCUUAAUGAGCUUGAUCAUAUGAUGGAACAGAAAAUAGUUGAGUUCUUUAGGCCGUGUGAGCGAGACACCAUAUGGAAAUAUUCUAUGGAUGAUGCUUGUCAUAAUCCAGCUUGGCCUGAGUUUGUUCCUUCAAGUGGAAAAGAGAAGACGAGGAAGAUGGAUUUUAUAAGGUUUGGGGGUCAUUUCUUGGUUGGGAUUCGAGGGCCUAGACAAGAUGCUGUGGAAAUGAGGAAAGAGAUAAUCGAAUUUUGUGAGAGAAUUUUCGGGGUCAGGUUGGACAAUUCAAAAAUAGAGAUUGAGCAUAUUUCUAGGGGAAUUCAGUUCCUGGAUCAUAUUAUUUGUCGUCGUGUUAUUUAUCCAACUCUACGUUACACAGCCAGUGGUGGUAAUAUAGUGAGCGAGAAAGGUAUAGGUACUUUGCUUUCAGUCUCUGCUAGCUUGCAACAAUGUAUUCACCAGUUUCGAAAGCUCAAGCUUGUGAAAGGUGAUAAGGAUCCAGAGCCACUGCCUUGCACACCUAUGCUUUACUCUGGUCAAGCUCACACUAAUUCUCAAAUGAACAAAUUCCUUGAGACAAUGGCUGAUUGGUUCAGAUAUGCAGAUAAUCGGAGAAAAGUUGUUGGCUUUUGUGCGUAUGUGGUUCGUAGCUCUCUGGCUAAGUUAUAUGCUGCCAGGUAUAGGCUGAAAUCUCGUGCCAAGGUUUAUAAGAUUGCCUCGCGCGAUUUAAGCAGUCCAUUGAGGGAGCACACCAACAAUUCUGCACCUGAGUAUUCAGAUCUCUUGAGGAUGGGACUUGUUGAUGCUAUUGAAGGUGUUCGGUUUUCCCACAUGUCUUCAAUCCCGUCAUGUGAUUACACUCCAUUUCCAAGGAAUUGGAUCCCUGAUCAUGAGAAGGUGUUGCAUGAGUAUAUCAACUUACAGGACCCCAAGUUUUUCUGCCAGCUCCACAAGUCAGUUAAACAGCAUGGUAUGUGUUUUCCUCAAGAUGAGAUAUCUCAUAUUGUGUGGCAGUAUAAGACUCUUGGGGUGCGAAGCUUGUCGCAGAGGUUAUGUGAUGACAAGAGGAUGGAAAAUGCUUAUGACAAAGUAAUGGUGGCAUCAUCAUGAACGUGGCAUGAAAUAUGAAAGUUUAUCAACAUGUAUUGCUAUUGAUGGUGCCAACUGACUUCUUAUUUUUCUGAAGCUAUCUUGAUGGAUGAUAUUAAAGUUGAAAGUUGAUCUUAUUUAACAAUCCUGGACUGCAGAUUAAGCUUGAUUACAGUGAACAGAUUCCUUUAUAAAGCUUUUUCAGUAAUGAACUAAGGAUUCAAUUUGUCAAUACAGAUUUAUGAGACCAUUUUUAGUACAGUACGUCUUCUUGUGAAAUUCUGUUCUUAUGGUUGAGAGCUGUGAGGAAUAGCUGCUCCAAGUAAGCAUCUAUAAUUUGAAUGAGCUUCUGAAACCCUCAAAUUAUUGACAAACGACAUAUGUGCUUUUAGCUUUAGACUAAUAUACUCGUCAUCUCCAUGCCCCCUACUGCAAGAAGAAUAGUUUUGUUUUAAUUGCAUAUAUAAGUUGGACGAGUUCUAUCAGAGACUUACAUUCUAAACACUACAGAAAUCUUAUUUUAGCUUCUUCCUUAAACCCUAGCCUGCACAUAUAUUCCCCAUGGAAACUGUGUGAUCUGCUGCAAUGGGAUGAAAAAGAGCAUAUCACUCCAAAGCUGUACUGAAGUUAUGGCUAUGACGUGAUAAAUGUAGCCAACAAAAAGAAAAGUUGCAUUUCUUGUUUUUUGCUGCAGCAGGAAAAAGGUUCAUCUUCAGCUUUAUCUACUAUAUAUAAACAGAGAGCUUGAGGACUGCCUGCAUAUUUUCUGAAGACGGAUGAAUAGUAAGCUGUGUGAAUGCUUCCACAAACAAUGGCUCCUCGCUCUUGGGCAUUUUUCAGUUGGACCGAGACUACUCAGUGGAAUAUGAGAAGAGUCUGUUUGGUGAUGCAAGUCAUUGAAACUGCUGAUUGCCUGGGACCAGACCUGCCUAGUUAGUUUUAUUCAGAUUGUUGUACACAGCCUUGUUCUUCAAAUUCUGAUAAUAAUCUGUAUCUUAAAUUAUGUGUAAAUAGGACUGGAUAGAUGACCCAAAUACAUUUUUAUGAUAAAUAUAUGGUGCAUUCUGUCCGACAUGGGACCAGUAAUAGCAA